CAUAAAAUCUUUUCUAUGUUGAAUUACAACAUCAUUAGUAACUUCCUGGACAUCUGCUACUCAACCUGUGCAGUCCCCCUCAUUCUUGACAGUUUCCUCACUCACUGGAGAACUAUCUCAUUUUCAGCCUGUUUUGGGCAGAUGUUUCUCUCCUUUGCCAUGGGAGCCACAGAGUGUGUACUCCUGGGCAUGAUGGCAUUCGAUCGAUAUGUGGCCAUCUGCAAACCCCUUAGAUACCCUGUGGUCAUGAGCAAGCCUGCCUAUGUGCCUAUGGCUGCUGGUUCGUGGGCAGCUGCUAUCAUCAACUCUGUAGUACAGACAUCCCAGGCAAUGCAGCUGCCCUUCUGUGGGGACAAUGUCAUCAACCACUUCACCUGUGAAAUCCUGGCUGUCCUAAAGUUGGCCUGUGCUGACAUCUCCAUCAAUGUGAUCAGCAUGGUUGUGGCCAACAUGAUCUUCCUUGCAAUCCCAGUCCUGUUCAUUUUUGUCUCCUAUGUCUUUAUCCUUGCCACCAUCCUGAGGAUCCCGUCAGCAGAGGGGAGGAAAAAGGCCUUCUCCACCUGCUCUGCCCACCUCACAGUUGUGGUUGUCUUCUAUGGGACCAUCCUCUUCCUGUAUGGGAAGCCCAAGACUAAGGACCCACUGGAGGCAGACAAGCAGGACCUUUCAGACAAGCUUGUCUCUCUCUUCAACCCCAUCAUCUAUAGUCUAAGGAACAAGGAUGUGAAGGCUGCUCUAAAGAAUCUAGUGGCUCAAAAACACUUUAACUGAGUGAUUGUCACAGAUUCUCAGAACGCCAGAAUACAUGACCUUCAAACUUCUUGUUGUACAAGUGGAGA